CUAAGGACAGCCAGGGCAGAGCUACGAGCCCGCGACGCUCUGUCGAGACCCAAUUUUUGUUUAAUUCUCAGCGUUUUAUUUUAAUGAUUUGUAAAAAAAUAAAAUAUAUUAACUGUGAUAAUAGUUAGAAUUCUAACUGUUAGAAUCGUUAGAACAGAGGGGUGGGCUAGUUACGAUAAUAACCUGAUGAUAUUGGCCGGGUCUGUUUUAUGCAAUUCGCCCUGCCUGUUCGGCGGUUGUAACAUUUUAAAUUCGGAUUGCAAUUUACAUUUUUUUAAAUUGAGGAUUAAAACUGUUUAACGAUAAUAAUUUCGUAGCGUUCGUCCAUUCCCCGGCUGUACAUUUACAACCAAUUUUUUUCUUUCAAACGUUAACUAUAAAUCGUGUUAAUCUCUGUCGAGCUCUUAACGCCAAUGCAACGUGACGCGAUUUAAUUCGCGAUUAAAAUAUUGGCGUGACGCGAUACAACAUUGCGGUAUUCACGAAUGAUAUUGACGUGAUUAACGCGAGUCUUAACAUUGUCCGGUAAAAAAUUUGCCUGAACAGGCAUCGAACGCAUUUUCUAUUUAACGGCGUUUCAAAUUAAAUCGUCAGCUGGUUGUGCCACAAUUGUGACUUUUCGUGAUAUUCGCCUCGUAAAUCGGGUGACGAAUUCAUCAAAAGAGACAACACAUUGCCUCUGGCACGAGGAAGGAAGCGAUGGCAACAUCUGAACGUUAACCUGAGUUUGUGGUGGUGAUGAUGAUGAUGAUGUCAAGGAAACUCCGAGUUCAUCUUUGGUGCUUCGUUCACCUGUCCUACUUGCUGUACACCCUCACAGACGCGUGCCCGGGCAGGCUGACGUGCGCCCUCCUGCGCCGGGAGCCGUGCCCCGCUGGGAGCCGCGCCUGUGGGCCCUGCCGUGCCCUGCACACGCUCGGAGCGCAAGGGCACUGCGUCUCGGACGACCGGAGGCACCGGCUGGGUCUCCCGGGCGACGACGCCGACGAGGAGGAGGAGUUCAUCGCCUCCGUGUUGAGCGGCGCGCACACCACCACCACCGCCACCAGCGGCGGUGACGGUGACGGUGGCGGUCACGGUGGUGGCGACGGUGACGGUGGUGGCGGAGCCUCAGAGCCCCGUGCGGGCGAGCAGAGACGCGGCGGGAAGGCCCACGGGCAGCAGUGGCAGCACCUGCGGGGCGCGUCAUCGCCUGGCGCGUCACCGCCUGGCGCGUCACCGCCUGGCGCGGCGGUCUCGGCCACGGUGUGGCGGGGGCAGGAGGAGCAGCAGGAGGAGGAGGAGGAGACGCGGCGUGGGAAGUCUCGCGGCAGGGAGGGCGACGACACGAAGGAGGAUCCCGGGAGAGCCGGGGACACGAGGGAGAGCCGUCGCCAUCGCGCCGGGCGGAGGGGGAAGGGGGCCCACGGCGAGGCGGCGAUGAGCGGUGGAGGUGGAGGGGGUGGGGGGGGCCACGACUCCACUCCGCGGGCCCACACCGUGUGGAGGAUCGACGCUCAGCAGAUCUCGACGCGGCACGAGAUCGGCGGAGAGAUCGAGGAGGAGGAGGAGGUGGUGGACGUGAAGACGCUGCAGCAGCAGCAGCAGACGCGGGGCAGAGGCACCGGCGGUGGUGGUGGCGGUGGUGGCAAUGGCGGUGGUCAUGCGAAGAAACCUGUCACCAUGACCACCAUCAGUGGUGGUGGUGGUGGCGAUGGUGGUGCUGGCGGUGCUGGUGGUGGUGACGGUACAUCCGGACAGAACAGCGAGCCGGGUGGAGGAGGAGGAUCGGACGUAGGGGUGGACAUCGCCAGCACGACGACAAAAGACCACGAGGACGAGGAGGUGGUGGUGGUGGCGGCGGCGGUGGCGACGGUCGGAGGAGACAGAUCGGACGACCUGGAACCGGAAAUCUCGAAGCCUCUCGGCACGGUGGCGGGGAGACUGGCGGCAUCCAAGUCGGCGAGUGCCCCGAGCCCCCUGCUGUUGGUGGCGGCGAUGGUGAGCACAGUGGCGGCGGUGUCUGCCCUCAUAACCAUGGCAGCGUGCUGGUACAGGCUGCACCGUGCAGGCGGCAUGGUGCAGAAGGCAGACUACAGGGUGUGCAGCGCCCACUCGCCCGGCUCGCAGAGACCCCCAACGCUGCCGCGUGCAGACAGCAGACUGGCUCACAGGGCACAGCUGUAUCACUACCAGCAGAAGAGACAGCAGCUUAUGGCUAUGGACAGGGAGACGGAGGAGUCGCAGACCCCGAACUCGCUCACCGACUCGGAGAACGAGGAGGGAGACAUCACCGUGUACGAGUGCCCCGGCCUCGCGCCGACCGGGGAGAUGGAAGUGAACAAUCCACUGUUUGACGAGAUGAGAGCAAACUCACCCUCGCACACACCCGGCCGCUAACACCCAGCACUUACACACACCUACACACACACAUGUACACACGCAUGUACACACACACACAUGUACACACACCUACACACACACACACAUGUACACACACCUACACACACACACACAUGUACACACAUCUACACACACACAUGUACACACACCUACACACACAUGUACACAUGUACACACACACAUGUACACAUGUACACACACACACAUGUACACACACCUACACACACACAUGUACACACACCUACACACACACAUGUACACACACAUGUACACACACCUACACACACACACAUGUACACAUGUACACACACCUACACACACACAUGUACACACACCUACAACAACAACAACCGCCAUUCGCCACUAAGUGGCGGUGACAUCACCACGACGCUUGUGCCAGGCCAAGUGCACCUUGAGGCCACGUGAAGUGUCGAACGCCCGCCGACAGGAGGUCACGGGGCAGACCCAGCAGGUGCCACGGGUCGACUGACUGAGAUGACCGAGAUGACUGGCUGAUGCACCACCUGUGCCCCCUACUGUACCAACUUUCUGUGCUUUAGCCACCCGGCGCUCCGCUCGUUGUUGUGAGCUUCGCUCCUCCGCCCUCCGUUGUUGUUGGAGGGCGACUGCCUCCAACUGCCCAGUAGCGUCCUUCACGAGCCUCCUCCACUGAGGCCGAUCUUGACACCGCUGGUAUCAGUCAUCGGCAAGUCCACUCAGCUCCACGUCCUCCUGUACCAUAUCACUCCAUCUCUUCUCUAGCCCGUGCCGCGCCCAUUUAGCCCCCUCUAUCCAGCAGAACAAAAGCUGUUUAGGCAUGCGGUGGCUGGGCAUGCGGGCUACAUGACCCAGCCAACGCAGCCUUGCCCGCCGGAGGAGCUCACCGAUGGGACUUUGACCAGAUCUUUCAAGGAUUUGUGAGCUCCUCACACAAUCCAGCCUGGUUAAACCCAGGAUGGAUCGUAGGCAGGCUAGCCUAAAUGUUUCCAACCGGCGAAGAUGCUCCAUUAGGGGGGUCCACGUUUCGCAAGCAUAGAAAAGGGAGGGAAUGACCGUGGCCGAAAAGACCUGAAGCUUCGUGCGGAGCGACAGACCAGGUAGCUUCCACACAGCGUUACGCAACCGAUGAAAAGAUAUUGCCGCUCGACUGAUUCGGAGUGAGACCUCUGCUGUUAAACUGGAGCCGGUCAUAAGCACACUGCUCAGGUAUGGGAAACUCUCCACUCUCCACUACUGCCCCAUCACCGAUUGGGAGUUGUGGGGGUGGAGUGUCCGAUGGUACAAAAUACCCAGGCAGGUGCUUAGUUUUGGUGGGGCUGAUGGUAAGGCCCUACCUCUUAGUGGCACGCUCCAGUUUCAGCAGCAGCGUCUCCAACUCCUCUUCUGAAUGAGCAGCUAUUACCAAAUCAUCGGCAUACUUAUAGUGGUUGACCAAUAGGGAGCCAUCCCUUGACCGCACCCGGGCAUCGAUCAGCCUCCCAUUAUAUCUGUACCAAAUGGAAAUUCCCCCGGUACAGCUAUUGAGGGCUUCAUGAACCACGCGGUCAAAAUAGAUGUUAAAUAAUGUGGGAGCCAGAGGACAUCCCUGUCGCACCCGAAGGUGUACAAGGAAUGGCUCUGACUUCCGGCCACAUAGUUUUACCCGGGCCCGCUCACCAUCAUGAAGGUCCUUAAUGAUCGUGAGCAGAGGGUCAGGGACUCCGAAAAAACGAAGAACAACCCAGAGCCCAGUCCUACUGAUGGUAUCAUAGGCCUUGACCAGGUCAAUAAAGCAGAGAUGUAGGUCUUGUUGGAAUUCCCUACACAUCUGUGCAGGACCGCCCACACACACACACCCACUACUAAACACACACACUACCACACACACACAACUACUGCAUACACACACACUACCACACACCCACUACUACACACACACAACUACUGCAUACACACACACUACCACACACCCACUACUAAACACACACACUACAAACACACAACUACUGCAUACACACACUACCACACACACACUACUACACAACAACAACAACAACCGCCAUUCGCCACUAAGUGGCGGUGACGUCACCACGAUGCUUGUGCCAGGCCAAGUGCACACACACACUACCACACACACUACCGCACAUACACACUACUACCACACACACUACCACACACGCUACCGCGCACAUCCACUACUAAACACACUACCACACACAUCCACUACUAAACACAAAGAUCCCCCGUAUAGCCUUAACAGACUGUAGGGGCAAGUGCUGUUAGCGAGCACCUAUGAAGGCCGGAACGGUACACGAGGGGGUGGGUGGCCAGCACCACGCCCGACCGCCUUUGUCUCCCCAGUGGCGAUGUUUACACACCGCACCAGGUACUCAUUUAAGGCUGAGUCGACCUAGGAGAGGCCCAGGACCGGUUCAGAUAAUCGUCACUGGUGUUGGCCGUGAGCUGGAAUCGAACCCGGGUCGCUAAGUUCAUAGCGCAGCGCGCUAACCGCUACACUAUCGCUCCCCACAACUACUAAACACACACACUACCACACACACACACUACUGCAUUCACACACACACUGCAAGACACACACACUACCACACACACCCACUACUAAACACACACUACCACACACUACUAAACACACGCACUACCACACAAAUCCACUACUAAACACACUACCAUACACACACACUACUGCAUACACACACACACUAUCACACACACUACUAAACACACACACUACCACACACACUUCCACACACACUACCACACACAUCCACUACUAAACACACACACUACCACACACACACUAUUGCAUACACACACACUACUGCAUACACACACACCCUACCACACACUACUAAACACACACUACCACACACACACCGUUAUAUACCAAUCGCACACACACUGUAUAAUUGUCAUCUCACGAAACCCAUCAUGUAAAGAGUUGUUUCAUGUCCUAUUCUUAAACGUGUGGUGACGUUAUGAUUACGACGAUUUGAUUAUUGUUGCUGUUAUGAUUAUUAUGAUUGCCGUAUUAACGUCGUGGUUUGUGGUUUCAUUGCCGAGUGCACAAUGCUUGAAAUUAUAAAUUGUAGUGUAUCGAU